CUGCCCUCAUCAAGUGCCUAUCCAAUCUCUCGGUCAACCGCAAAAUCGGGAAUUGUUAAGCUGUUGUAUGAUUUCGCUGCACCCUGGUUCCUGGUAUUUCGAUUGGUCGAGAGCCAAUCUCAACGAAGCCGUGUAAGAACUAUCGACCCCAAGUUCAAGAUCACACGUGUAUAUGACAUGGAGUCAGACAAGGUCAGUUGGUUCCUUGACUGGCCUAUAUCGCCGAGACCCGGAUAGAUAGAAGUCCCGCACGAUGGACAGAAUUCGCAGGGUCCAGCAUCUAUGAUAAUGGCAAUGACGAAAAUUCAGGGUCAUGUGCAUUGGGGACGGCAUCACUCAGAGUGGCUCAGCACUGUAUUGGCUGGUAUUGAGCGUUCUAAAUCCGUCGCUGUGCACAGUUUCUAAGGGCCGUAGGAACUGGAGCGCAUCGCGAAGUACACAAAGUUUCGUUCCAAACUCCUACAAUCCUGAUAUUCGCGAGACACAACCACAUAGCCUUCCUGCCAUAUUUACGAGCAGCACGUACAUUAGGCUUCCGCGCCUACACCGCGCCUUACAUGUCGGCAUCGACCGUUAUCCCAGCAAACGCACCAUCUUCCCACCGCCAUCAUCGACUUACUCCUCCUAUCGCUUGCAAAUUGCCUAUCCCGCAGGAUUUCAAGCUGCAUAUGUCUCGCACGUCAGUCACGCGCUCAUUGCUGACGCUGCCGAACUGGCUGCCGCGUGCCCGCUACUACCAGACAAUCCGGAUUACAACGACAACAAUGAAGAGUCAACCGUAUGCUCUCACAGGCCCACCACAUGUAUCAUAACCGACGUGAUGCGCGUGAUUUUGCGUGCGGAGAUGUCGCACGCGCUGAUCGAUGGCACCGGCCUUCAAACUUUUGUGCGUGAGCUCGCAACUGCAUAUCAACACCAAUAG